ACGACAGGCAGCCCCCUAUUAUUAUCGUAAGAAUAAUUUCUCUUAUGAAAAUGGCGGCGAGUCAGGGAGGUGUAGGUCCCGCUGCGGCUCUUCAGAGCCAGCAUUAUCCUAACGUCGCUCACUGGAUCCCGAGCGUAAUGCAACAGCAGCAGCAUCCGCUGCACACCGCCCGCAGUCUGGAGCGCGCUUUGGAGGAUGCCGCCUGCUCGGGGAUGCUCAACAUAAGCGGCAGAAAACUGCGCGAGUACCCGGGGCUUAACUACGAUCUGACCGAUACUACACUAGCAGACUUGUCAAGAAAUCGUUUUUGUGAAAUCCCUCCAGAAGUUUGUAUGUUUGCACCCCUGGAGUCAUUAAACCUAUAUCACAACUGCAUAAAGGUCAUUCCAGAGGGCAUUAUUAACCUACAGAUGCUUACCUACCUGAACAUCAGUCGAAAUCAGUUGUCCAUUCUCCCCAAGUAUCUCUUCAAUCUUCCUCUGAAAGUGCUGGUGGUCAGUAACAACAAACUCCUGUGUGUUCCCGAUGAGAUCGGCAAGGCAAAAGACCUCAUGGAACUGGACAUCAGCUGUAAUGAGAUCCAGGUGCUUCCUACUCAGAUGGGGAAGCUCCUUGCAUUACGAGAGCUCAACAUACGAAGAAACUUCCUUCAAGUGCUGCCAGACGAAUUGUCCGAUCUGCCGUUGAUCAGGUUGGAUUUCUCCUGUAAUAAGAUCACUGAAAUUCCUUCAUCUUAUCGCAAACUCAAGCAGUUACAGCACAUCGUUCUUGACAACAAUCCCAUGCAGUCUCCACCCGCACAGAUCUGUCUUAAAGGAAAGAUUCACAUCUUUAAGUAUUUAAACCUGCAGGCGUGUCGCCUAGAUAAGAAACCAGACACACUCGACCUGCCCUCUCUCGGAAAACGCUGUUUACCUCAGCAGCUGACAGACAGCAUGGAAGAUUUUUAUCCUAGUAAAAAUCAUGGUCCUGACUCAGGGAUUGGCAGUGACAAUGGUGACAAAAGACUUUCGACCACAGAGCCAUCUGAUGAUGACACCGUAAGUUUGCAUUCCCAAGUGUCUGAGACAGCGCGGGCAGAUGCUCACACACUUCUGACAAAGCUGGACUCAAACAAAGACCAGGAUCCAUACGAUUUUAUUGACCCAAAUCCAGAUGAAGAGGCUCUUUCUGAGGGAGACACUCAAAACAAUGUACCCUAUGUGUCAUGUAUAAAGGAGCUUGAAAGGGUUCUGAAAACACAGCAAAGCAAAGACAAAGAGAACUGGAAAGAAGAGUUUGGCUCAGAGAAAGAGCAGCUUGCUGAGGAAGAUGAAGAUGACCUGAAGGAGGUGUUGGACCUGAGGAAGAUCGCAGUUCAGCUGUUACAGCAAGAGCAGCAGAACAGGCGGCGGUCCUUAAUAUGUAGGGCAGAGAGUCUAAUACAUCGUAGAAGAGCAGCUGGCAGAGCUCACAGAUUUCUCAGCCACUCCGGUAGCAGCACCAAAUCGAGAUCUCCAUCUCAGACUGUUAGAAGUGCAUCAUUAGAUGAGGGAAGCAGCUCCGCAUCUGCUCUCAGUGGACAGGAGACUGAUCUCACUGAUGAAGAUGCAGCUUUUUUUGAGCCUUCCUCCUCUUGCUCAUUUGAUGGAAGUUUAAAAUCAGGCGACUCUGAACCAAGAUGGCCAGAGGUUCCUCCUGUGCUUAACCAGAAUGAGGACCGCAGAAGAAACAAAUAUCUGAGAAAGGACUACCUGAAGUAUAAGUGCCAAAGUGCCCGAAGAAACUCCAGUGGAAAUGACAAUGAUUGUGAGGAGGGAAUGCGUUCUAAUGACUUCACCACAACCCUCACAGUCUUUGGUCUUAAACCGAGAACAGCGUUCACCCGUGGAAAUCGCCAAGACAUCAGCUCCACAGACCCAAGCUUCACUAUGAGGAGAAAGAUGGAGCACAUAAGGGAGGAGAUGGAGCAGAUCCGACUACUGCGGCAGAACCUGGAGUCUAGAUUAAAGGUUUUGUUGCCAGAUGAUGUUGGUUCAGCUCUCAUGGAUGGUGUUGUGUUGUGCCAUCUGGCCAAUCACAUUCGUCCCCGUUCUGUGGCCAGCAUUCAUGUGCCCUCCCCUGCAGUGCCGAAGCUGAGUAUGGCCAAGUGUCGGCGAAAUGUUGAAAAUUUCUUGGAUGCGUGUAAAAAGCUUGGAGUGCCACAGGACAAAUUGUGUUUGCCACAUCAUAUCCUAGAGGAACGAGGACUGGUUACAGUUGGUGUCACCGUACAGGCAUUGCUGGAUCUUCCAUCAUCAAAACCCAACCAACUUUCUACCAUGUAGCAUUACUGGACCAUGGGAUAUCCUCUAGGAUCCCUUUACCCUGCCUUACCACCUCAUUCUCACUCGAGCCCCAGAUAACCUCUUAAUGCUGAUCUGUGACCCUUUAUGGGGAGGUCACGACCUUUCAUCCUAUACAGUUCAGCCUCCCCCCUACCUCUUAUAUGCCCUCAUAGAGGGGACUAGACAUUUUAAAGGAUGCUCCAGUAUCGUUGGGAGAAAAGCCACACAUUGGCGAGCAGGCCAAAAAGAACCUACGCUGCAGACCCCAUUCAGGACAGCUAAUGCUUGAACGUAGUGGAUACAAGGGAAAAUCUGUUGCUGUUCUAUGAGUGACUGAAAAUCCAAAUCUUUUCUUCUUUGUAUCUCCUCUUCACAUUUGUUUUUCUCUUGAACCGGUGAGCCCAGAGGGCGAGGACAGGAGGAAAAUAUGCAGCUUAUAGGCUGAUUAUGGAUCAGAGUGAGGGUGUAGCCCAAAGUCACCCGACCAAUUUUCUCCUAUAUGAAGUCACAAAGAGCUGUCAAUCAACUCCACCCAAUGCCAAUUCACAUUUCAUCACAUUCACAUAAUGAGUGUCAAAAUAAUGAGAGACAUGUAAUGUGUAUGUAAUCGUAACCAGACACAAAGGGCAUCUGUAAAUGACUAAAAGAAAACAUAUUUCCAUGUAAAACGCAUGGCUGUAUAGCUGCAUUUAAGGUUAGUUAUUACUGUGGCAACAGGCAAUGCAUUACAAAAUGUUCAUUACCGACUGCAUGUCUGAGCAGAUGUGUUAGAACAAAGGUAACUCACAUGCCCGAACAAGACAAAGACUUGGGAACGUGUAGUUGUACGUGCCGGUUUUUGCCAGUGUUUUUUUUUAUUAUUAUUGUUUUAAUGUAUAUUUCCACGUGACAAUUUAUUUUAAUAUUUAUUUUUUCUUUAACAGUCAGUGCCUGCUGCAGAAAUUCCCAACAUUCAUUUUUGUGGAAAAAAAUGUAACAAGAAAUUACUGAAAGUGAUCGAAUUCCUUUUUUUUUGAUGUGCAGGUGUGUGCGAAUGUGAGCUUUGGCACAAAAAACAAGACACUUAAAAUCUUUGCCGGACUUUGUUUUCACAUUCAGUUGCAAGAGUCGCUCACUGCGUCCGAAAUCGUGUACUGUGGCAGUACGUACUGAAUUAGAUGAAGUACCUACUGCAUUAUCGUUAAAAUAACACAUUCUAUGUUGUAUGCGUGGGUGCAAUAUGAAUACAUUUUCUUUGACCUAUGAUGUAAUCAGAACGCCUGGUAUGGGCUGUUUAACAAGUACAAUUAACUCUUUCCCCGCCAGCAUUUAAAAUAAACGUUAUCAGCCACCGCCAACAUUUUUUUAUGAUUUCACGAAAGUUUAAUGCCCUCAAAAAAACAUAUUUAAAGGUAACAUAGAAUGAUUGAACGGGGUAUUUAUCCUUGUUCUUUGAUGUGACAUGUAGACAAAAAAUGUUUUGUUAGGGCCUGUAAUGCCUUAGAAGCUUCCUAAAAACCUCUCUCAGAUAGCUCUAAUAGGGUGGGGGAUUUUAAACAAGCGGUUUUGCACCUAUUUGGCUCCCCCUACUGGCUUAACUUGCAAUCUCAUUACUGAUUGGCUGACUUUGCUGCCACUCAAAAAAUGUAGCCAAUUAUUUUAAAGUGGAGGGGCAGUUAGAUGCCUGUGAUGUCAUAAGCAUCAGUUUUUUGGAUUGGGCUGUUUUCUGGCUGACAUUUCUAAAAGAGGAAUUUCUAUGAGACUGAGAUGUUUAGCAUAUCUAACACAUUUUGACUGCUCGUGAAUGUGGGUAGACUACCAUUAUUCAAAAAAGAUAAGGUAAAAAUGGUUUUUCAUUCUCUGUCCCCUUUAAAUAUAUGAACAUACAAUAUAUUAAAUGAAAGAACAGACCCUCUGGUUUUAAACAAACAAAAAAUAAUAAUCCUUUCUUCGUUUGUUCUCUUUUUAUCACUUCUCAAAUAUGGUUAGGUUUUUUCAAAAAUACCAAAUUUUUUGCAAAAAGCUGAGAUAAUUGCAUUUUUGUUAGAGAUCAGAUUUACUGCUUUUGGAUCAGUGUAUGCCAGUGGUCUCCAACAUGGUGCCCACCAGGUUGCCCGCACAGAGUCUGUGAGAUGCCCACCAGAGCAUAUUCUAUUAAUAGUCUCAAUUAUAAUAUUUAUUUAUUUGCAUAUAUUUAUAUUAGCUUGGCUUCUUUUAUGCAUUUUAAAUAAUGAUAAAACAUAUCAACAAGUAAAAUAAAAUAGAAUCAACAAGUAAAACAAAAACGUUUUGAGUAGAUAAAUAUCAAAAAGUAGCCCUCCAGAUUACUUUAUCCAUUGUGGUAGCCCUUGCUCAGAAAAAGGUUGGAGACCCCUGGUGUAUGCUAUAGUGUUUUAUCAUUUGGGUAAGAGUGCCACCUAGUGCAUAAUUGCAGAAAUAUGGAUUGCUGUAAAAUCAUGUCUUUGGCGGGAGGCGUGUUUCUCAUAAUUGACCAGAGAAUUCAUCAAUGGCGUGGAAAGGGGUAAAGGGGUCAUAUGCCGUUGCUAAAAACAUUAUAGCCCUUUUCACACAGACAUUCCGGAAAAUACACGGGAAAGGCAUCCUGGAUUUUUUGGGAAUCCUAAGAUUUUUUGUUCAUUCACACUGCCAUGAUUAGCCGGCAUCUGAUGGUCCCGGAAAGACACGUGACCUGUUGAAAGUCCCGCCCUCUCUUCUACGCAGCGUCUGAAGUUCAUACUUGUACAUAAACCACUCGCGUGCAUUUUUGUUUAUGAUAAGAUUAUAAAGGAGCGCGUGACGGGCCGUUCUAAUGCUGGUGAAUGAUCUCAGCUUCUGAGUGGAUAUUUGACGUGCUCCCUGAUCUCUGCUUUAAUACAGUUUUCAGACAUUUCUCAUCGUGAUUGUUUAUAUGCAUUUAAAACCCGCAUUUUGAGGAGCUGAACGAUAUAUCCUGUUGGGAUGACGCACUGGAAUUUUCGUUUAUUAUAGCUCAAAUGAGCAUGUGACGCGGUAUUCUUUUAUGCUGCUGAAUGAUCUCCGUUUCAACGCAGUAAGUGACGAGCUAACUUACCUGAUAUCUGCUUCAGUCCAGUUUGCUGACAUUUCUCGUCGUGAAUGUUGUAAAUCCCUCAUUUUAAAGAGUUGAACCAACUUCAUCUCACUACGGAACGUGCAUCAUUGUUUAUGCGUCUCAUUUAUCAUUUCCUGAUAACUGCUUCAAACUAGUUUGCAACAUUUCUCAUGGUGAAUGUUUAUAUGCAUGUUAUCUCUCGUUUUAAGGAGCUGAACCAUAACUUUGUUGUGAUGACAGACGCUUGUCUGGCAAUUUAACGGGUAUUUUCUGGGACCAAAGGUCUGUGUGAAUGGGGUUAAUUUCAGGGCUUUUCCCACUUGAAAUAGUUAAAGGCGCUCUAAGCGAAUUCACGCGUUUAGGCCAUAAAACAUUUUUUGUUACAUACAGCAAACAUCUCCUCACUAUCUACUAGCUGCCUGUCCCCUGAGCAAACUGUAAAAAAAAACGAUCUCUGUAAACAGCCCAGGCUCCACAAACGGCCCCAAAAACACAGUGGCACAGCCUACAACCAUGAAACAUAACAAACGUGUUCCAGCCAAUAAACGACAAAAAGGAUUUGGGGGUGAGGUUUGGGGGGUUAGUGCGCAUGAGGAAGCAUGGAA